CGGAAAGUCGGUGCCGUCAGCAGGGUGACGGUGAUGCGCAGGCCACAGAAAACAAAGCCUAUAAAUAGCACGUAUGAGCUGAUGUGUUUCCUCUUGGUGAGGUCAGACUAAAUGGUGGAGGGGUGGAGCAGGGGGGCGUUAGGACCCAGCAGCAGCUCGGUCUGCCCGGCUCUGACGCUCUGCGGGCAGACGUGCAGGUUGGAACGCCGCGCAGGUGCUGAGGCUGGAUGAGGGACGGUUCCCGGCUGCAUCAUCCGAUUUUUCUGGCAGCGGAUCCAGUCGACAUUUCUUCAUUCCAUGAUUACUGGAUAUGCAUCACGUGUGAUUGUGAAGAUUUGUGAGGAGAACCCUUCAUUAAAAACUCAUCUCACUGCCUCCAUUAAGGAACAGCCAUAAAGCACCAUGGGAGGUGCUGUCGUGGAUGAUGGAGCACCGGGUGUGAAGGCCCCAGAUGGAGGAUGGGGCUGGGCAGUGUUGGCUGGAUGUUUUGUCAUCACAGGCUUCUCCUAUGCAUUCCCUAAAGCAGUCAGUGUGUUUUUCAAAGAGCUGAUCCGGGAGUUUGGAGUUGGAUAUAGCGACACCGCCUGGAUCUCUUCCAUCCUGCUGGCAAUGCUUUAUGGCACAGGUCCUCUGUGCAGCGUGAUGGUCAACCGCUUCGGCUGCCGCCCUGUGAUGAUGGUGGGAGGCCUCUUCGCCUCCCUGGGAAUGAUCUUGGCCUCCUUCUCCACCAGCAUCGUCCACAUCUACCUCUCUACUGGAGUCAUCACAGGUCUGGGAUUAGCUCUGAACUUCCAGCCAUCUCUCAUCAUGCUCAAUCGGUACUUCAACCGGAAGCGUCCUCUGGCCAAUGGGCUUUCUGCUGCUGGGAGCCCCGUGUUCCUCUGCGGCCUCUCGCCUCUCGGUCAGUUUCUUCAGGACCAUUACGGAUGGAGGGGAGGCUUCCUCAUUCUCGGUGGGCUUCUGUUGAACUGCUGUGUGUGUGGGGCCCUCAUGAAGCCCCUACCGAAUCCCAAGCCUGCGGAACAGCAACACGACCAGGAGGACAAGAAGAAGAAAAAGAAGCUGCUGGACUUCUCUGUAUUCAAAGACAGGGGGUUUGUCAUCUACACCGUAGCAGCAUCCAUCAUGGUGCUGGGCUUGUUUGUGCCGCCUGUGUUUGUUGUGAGUUACGCCAAGGAGCUGGGGAACGAGGACACCAAGUCUGCCCUGCUGCUCACCAUCCUGGGUUUCAUCGAUAUUUUUGCUCGACCAACCUGCGGUGUGAUUGCCGGACUGAAAUGGAUGCGACCUCGGUGUGUCUAUUUGUUCAGCUUUGCAAUGGUCUUUAAUGGGACUGCUGACCUGGUUGGCUCACAGUCCAACGACUAUGCGUCUCUGGUAGUUUUCUGCAUUUUCUUCGGGGUCUCCUACGGCAUGGUGGGCGCGCUGCAGUUUGAGGUGCUGAUGGCAAUAGUUGGCACUGAAAAAUUCUCCAGUGCAAUUGGCCUUGUCCUCCUGGUGGAAGCUAUUGCUGUGUUGGUGGGACCACCAAGUGCAGGGCGACUUCUGGACGCUACCAAGAGCUACAUGUACGUCUUCCUGCUGGCAGGAAGUGAGGUGGUGCUCUCGGGAGUGGUUCUGGCUACUUGCAACUUCUUAUUUAUCAAAAAUAAACCCCGUGAACCGGCAGUCUGUCCGGGUGAGACGGUCACACUGGCAGAUGAUAAGACCAAGCGCCGCAGCAGCAGGGCAGAGGGGCAGCAAACGACAGAGAAGAAGGUGAUCAAUGAGAUCAAGAAUAACGACAAUGUCCGACCAAAGAGUGUAGCAGUGGACUCACAGGAGGUGGAGAGGUUCUUAAAGGAGCCGCAGGCUAAUGGUGACAUGGCUGCUUGUCCUGAAACCUGUCUUUAGGUAGAGACGGAGGGUGCAGGUGAAACGUACUAGUUAGCAGCAUAUCUAACCCUAAGCUUUGGCCAUAAUUCAGUGUUUGAGUGAGCGAUGUGUUUAUGUCUGUCACCGAAGCAGCUGUGACUCCGCUACCAUCCAAAUGAUUGCUGGCAUGGACAGCUGUGUCGGCUUCGUCUUUCCACUCAGUGUUUUAAAGUUUGCCGAAUGGGAAAACUGAGCCGCAGUGCUGCUGUGUGUAUAUAGUUUAUAACAAAUGUUCAAGUUAUUUUUUAUGGAUGUCGCCACCAGCAGAUUAAAUUAAGGGAUAAUUUUGUCAAAAUUCUGCAUUCUAUGACAUAACAAAUGAUUAGUAUAUAUGAAUGUAAACUCCCCGAAAAAGAAACACAGUAAAGUUGCAAUAUGUAACUUUUAACAAAUAUGUAAAAAAAAAACAAAAAAAAAAACAUAUUUUAUAAAACUGUCAUGUGGUGACAGUAUGGGAUGAGACAGAUAAUGUGCGAAAAAUGUCCAGCUCCUCUGUCUUCCCUCUAUGAACCUGCCUUGUCAGAAACGACCAAUCAGAGUCAGGAGGAGGGUCUCAGUGCUGUCAGUCGCAGCUGGUUCCCCACAACUGAGCCUGCCAUGAAUGCUAAGGCUAGUUAGCAUGGCCACCAAUGAUGGCAGAUAAAUGAUUUUCUUAGAACGGUAAAUUGUUUCUCCACCAUUAGCACAUUUAGCAGUGCAUUCAUACGGUUGAUUGACAGCGCUAAGCCCCUCCUCUGGCUCUGAUUGGUUGAUUGCAUUGAGUGCAUUUUUUCAGAUGACAAGAGUAGCUCAGGAAGUGGAGGAGAUUGAUCUUUUCACAGAUUGUCUGUCUCAUAUUGAACAGCCUCAACAUAUUGACACUUUUAACAAAUAUGUCAAAAACAUAUUUCUGUCAGGUACAUACUGCAGCUUUAAGCAGCAAUAUGGAACAGUUUGAUUUGGAUGGAAUUUGACACAAUUACGAUGUGGCUCAUUCAGACCAGGCACUGGAGGCCAUGAGUGAUGUCAUCAGACAGUAAGGUCACCAGACAAAGAUUGGAUUGGAUUCAAUCGUGCAUUUUCAUCAUGUUUCAGGCUGGGUGACUAUAUCAAGCCAUUGGGGCCAACAACACACACUGUUGCAACUAGAGUGUGUGUGAAAGGCUAGGCUAACAGUGGGGGCCUAGCAUUCCAGCUAGUCAGAACCUAGAAUACCUGACCUCUUUCAAACCCUGCAUGAGACCCCCAUCACGUUCCUAGUGAUGUUGUUUAGUCUGACUACAUGGCAUCAUGUCUGUCUGUCUGACUGCCAGACAUUCUGGCAGCUUCCUGCCAUAUUAUCAUUCCAGUCAGGCUGCCACUGCUGUCCUCUGGUGAGCCUCUAAACCUGCCGGCUCCUUACAUUUUAAAUCAAGUACAUCCUCAGUUCUGCUCUGCACCAGAUGACUUUCUAAUUAGACUAUUUGUUUGUGGUCCUUUACGUGGUGCUUACUAAUUCAAUAAUUAGUCUUUGAUUAAGUGGAAGGGAAUUCAUUUUCAAUAAAAGGGGGAAUAGAAUGAAAGGCUAGCAAAUCAUCCUACCUAAGUUUAGAGUCAGAUCAUAGAAGAACAAACGUAAUAUUUAAAAAGAAAGACCUAAGCUGAAUAUAAUGUCUUGCUCUGCUCCACAGUUUAAACAGCGUGUUACAGAGAUCACCAGUUCUGAACUUCAGGAGAAAUUGUCAUUUGUCUGUUUUGGAUAAAGGUCAAAAUAACCUAAUGCUCCACAUUUAGUAAAAACUAAAAUAACAAUUCUAUUCAGUGCCAUGAAAACGUAUUUACCUCUUUACAUAUUUUGCUAUUUUUCUCUUAUAGUUAAACUCAAAUGUUUUCCAUUAGUAACUAUUUUUUUAGUAUCAAAGAUGACCUGAGUAAAAACAAACUGGAGUUUUAGUUGCAGUCACUACCAUCCAUACACAAAAAUUGCUCAUUCCAAAACCAUUUUUUUGUUUCUUUUUUUUUGUGUGUGUGACAUCAUAUUCUUGAUGUCGCAAUAUGAUUGUCAGAAAUUCUUGUUUAUGGUUUUCAUUAUUUUACUAAAGUCGUUCAGAUCUUGAAUAAGCAAACCAGGUCAGACUGUCCCACCAUCAUGUUUGGCUGUCAGUAUGUUGUUUUUCUGAGCCCAGAUGUAAGAGGAAAACAUCCACCGAAUAGUUCCACCUUGUCUCAUCAGUCCACAGACAUUUUGGAGAUCAUCACUCACCAGUGUUUUCCUCGGAACUCUACCAUGGAGGCCAUUUUGUCUAGUCUGUAUUAUUGUUGAACCUUGUCCUCUGACCUUAACAGAGGCUAUGAGGUCUGUUCUGGGUCCUCCUGUGACCUCCUGGAAGAGCCAUCUCAGGUAUCUAGGAGUGAUUCUGAUUGGUUGGCCUCUGCUGGGAAGGUUCUCCAGUGCUUGUUGUUUUCUCUGUUUCUGGCUAAAGCUCUCGUUGUGUUUUACUGGAAUGAGUUAACAAGGGAGCCAAUUACUGUUUUAGCUAGAACUAGGUUGGUUUGGAUAACUUCAUUAUCACUAGAAAUGAGAUCAUCUUUUCUUAAGUGAAUUUUGAUUUUGCUGAGGUUAUCUCUGAGUGAGUGGCUACAGCGUGGCUCACUGCCGUCAGUGUGGGAGUGUGUGUGCGUGACUGUAAUGACUGUAAUUACAGGCCAUUUACCGUUUUUACCAUUUCAGUGUUUUUGAUUAUCUGAAAAACACAAGAGUGACCAAAAGUAAAGCAUAAAAAAAUCUGUAAAGGGGAAAAUACAAUUUCAUGUAAUGUUAUUAAAAAGAAAGUUAUAAAAGUAGAUUUAUAACAGAAAUAAAACUGAGCGCCUCACGUAAAAAACAAUACAACGUAAAAACUAAGAACAUAUACUUUAUAUAUUUUUUUAGUUUUUAUUUUUUCAAGAAAUUUGUGAUAAGAGAGGUGCAGAAUCCUGUCAGCCUUAUCCUUUAAAUAAUAAAGUGCUGCUUUCUGCUGUUCUGCAUUCUGAAGUGUUGGAAAAACAUUUUGUGUCUGUAUAACCAGAAACUCAUUCCUGUCAAAAGGCUUAAAAUCUUGUUUGUGACAAACUUCUAACGGAUUGUAGUUUCUUUAUUCUCUUCACUUUUGAAUCACAAGGCAGAAAAUAUCUUCCCCCUCAGUUUGUGACGUUACACAAAAACAGGUCAGUUACUAGUUGGAUAUGAUACUGAACAUGGCUGCAGAAUGUGGCAGCUGGUUGGAAAGUGCUGCUGCAACUUUUGUCUCUGAGUUUGAGGUUGGGGGUAAAUAUUUUAUGCCCAAGACUUUAUUGUGAUAUUCAUAAAGAGAGAGAAGCAUUUCACUGUGAAACAGACGCUCCAGUCUGCUUCACGCUCACACUGCACAGGUUGUAUCGUCCCUACAGACUUGUAUGUGAUUGUGGAUCGCUGUUAUUGUGAGCUUACUUGUGUUGACAACAUUAUACUGCCUCUCUAAAGUACUGAGCUCACUUAGCUUCACAACCCAAGAUGUCCAGCAGAGGUGAUGCAAUAGCUUUCUAUGGAACAAAGUGUGUUCUGCAACAUGGCUUACUGUUUGUGGAGUAAAAAGACAUAUUUAAUCAAUAUAUUUUAACAAAGUAGUUCUAAUUUGCUAUGAAAUUUUUUUAUGGACAAUGUUACACAUUACUGUUCCUUGUGUGUUUUUUAUUGUCUGUAGCGUUUGUGAGUGUUUCAAUAAAAAUAUUUUUUGCUGUUCUAGA